AUGAGUGUAGCCAUGGUGAAUAGCUCAACAGUAAUGGAAUUCAUCCAAGACACACAGACGUUCAACAGCUGCAUUAAAGAAUGUUUUGAGAUGCUUGAUGUGGACGGCAAUGGCAUGCUUUCACAGAGAGAGCUUCUUGAUGGAUUUCAUAGGGUUUUCUCAUUGGAAUACAAUCUUUAUGAUUCCAUUUUCAAGAGGUUUGAUGAGGAUCAAAAUGGGGUCAUUGAUCCUAUGGAGUUUAGGUCUCUUGUUAGGGAGCUGAUGCUUGCCAUGGCUCGGGGGUUUGGUGAUUUGCCUGUUUUGGUGGCUCUUGAGCAAGAUAGCCUGCUCAUGAAAGCUGCUCAACAUGAAUUGGCCAGACUGCAGGUGAAGGGAGCUAGAAGAAAAAAUAGAAAGACACAAAAGAAUGUGUUUUUUGGUGUAUGCCUAUGCUGUCACAAAUCGAAAACUACCUAG